AUGGACCACGCAGUCACCCUCAAACCCUGGGGCGAGGAACGUUCACUUCAAUGGACCAGGGCAAUAGCCCGUGACUAUUCCUCUGCAGACGAGCAAGAAGACAGCGAACCCUACCAGCACCUCGAACCACGGUUCAAAACAAGCAAGAUGAAGCCUCUGGACGAGCUGGAGCACAACCUCAACGACCUGGCUAAGCGCCAUGGGAUUGCCGCGCAUGCAUGGAAGAAGGAGGCCGACAGUUUCUUCGCUCUGGCCAGGGUCCAGAGACAGGACGGCACAAUCCAGCCCGUAGCCGAAGCCCAGGGCACGACCCAGAAGAACGAACCCCGCACCCUGGCAGUUACCGACAUCCCCAUCCAAAAUAUCAAUAGAAUUUUCGGAAUCAAAGAAGACAAUAACCCGGAGCAUCCCCACUGGAAUCUCCAACCCUCGCAAAAGCGUGAAGUGCCAGAAUAUCUUGAUGAAACCUUGCGAGAUCACGAGCUUGCGCUCGGGGAAGCCGAAUGGGAUCAAGCUUUCGUCAGGGCCAAAGUUGACGCUAUCGUUUUGACCACGCUCGCAUCGAAGAAGCGCGAAGAGUUCAAUCAGUUCGGGCAGAAAGCAUCGACGGAAACCAAGUCCUACAGGUCGAUUCAUGUGAACAUGGAAACCGGAAUCUCCCUCCGCUGGAGGGUAAACGGGGAGGAGCGGACGAUUCAAGGACAAAUCGAUUAUUCCGUCUUCUACGGGAAGCCCAAAGAGGCGGAGACCAAUAUGAUCGUGAUAGCCAAGAAAGUCUCGAUGGCCCAAACUGGCCUUUACCAAGCCAAAAUCUACAUGUCCAUGCUACAACAUGCAAGAAAACGCGCUAAUCGAACCCCCAUCGAUAUAUACGGGGCCGCGACCGAUGGGGAGACGUGGUAUUUCCUAUGUCUGAACACCAAAAAUGAGUUGACCACCAAGUAUUACAUGUGGACUGAGGACGGACCGGGAAAGGUAGAGAUAAUUUCUCACCUACAUCGAAUCCUUGAACACGCUGCCACUAUAACGCCGUACCAAACAAGCGCUCUAAUGCGCGAACCGACCCUGGAGGAGGCAAGUGGUAUGAAGAUCGAUGCAUAG